AUGAAUCUAUAUCGAAGAAUAGGAACACCUCAAAGGCUGGUCAAGGACGGUCCGAGUAACACGAAGUCUGUGAAACGACAAGUAAAAUUCCACGGAGGCCUCUCAUCUAUGCACGUGUAUUGGCGCACAAAGCGAGGAGUUCGUAACACAUUUACUUCUCUUAGCCGUAUAUUUAGAAAAGACCAAGAAUGUCUCCCGCAACCCAAAGAGGAGAGCCCCGAGGAGCACAAGAGAGAGCAACAGCUUGGCGUGCAAUCCAUGGACAUCGUAUACAACCGAGCCUUGGUUACUACGGGUCUACACGACAGAGUACUCGUAAGCCAGGCGCAAAUACAUGAAAUUAGCGUUCUCGGAAAUAAUUGUAAGGCACACGGGGUACAUCUUGUAAGCAUCGAGUCCUUAGGCCACGCCUUGGACUUUUUGGAAAUGGUCAGUCUUGAUCGCUGCGCCAGUUCACUCCCUUUAGAGACUUGCCGAUGCGUCUCGACGGCCGACCAAUACACAGACACGUAG